UAACAUCCAGACGUCUCCGAAGAAGUCUUAACAUUUUUUCCUGUGAUAUAAAGACGUUUUUUCCUUCCUUCAGGCAUUGAUUUAAGCCUCUGAAAGAACAUAGACUAAAGAGUUAACGAAGGAUCUACUUACCUUUGAAGAUACUAUUUCAUGAGAUCGCUUGAUAAAUGAACGAUAGAUAUUUUAUUCACUUUUACGAUUUUACAUUUAUAUGUCUGAACUGUGCACUUGGAAACUAAGUGGGAAACCAGCCAACCGUAAAUAUGUCUAAAUUUGACGAUUUACUCCAGCAACUCGGUACAGGGAAAUGGAACCUGUUGAUCGUGAUCUCUGUGGGUUAUUGGGUGUUCCAAAUACCCUGCCACAGCAUGGGGGCGGCCUUCCUCACCCCAGACUUGAACUUCAGCUGUCGAAUCCCUCCUGAAGCAAAUGUCGAUAUUCAGGCGGAUAAUGAGACAAGGUCGCAGUGCAGCUACAACAUGACCAUCGAAGGCAACACCAGAGAGCACCUCUGCACGCAGUGGGAAUUCGACAGCACUACGUAUACCAAUACCAUCACUUCUGAGUUCGAACUGGUGUGCGAAUACAGCUUCUUGAGACCUCUCGUCAAAAGCAUUUACUUCUUGGGUGCUUUCUUCGGGUCGCUUAUUAACGGCUGGUUAACUGACAGCCAUGGAGACGUGCGAGCCGCGCCAUAGGUCCAUCGUGGGCAUCCUCAUCUUCCUCCCUUGGUCGCUGUCCAUCAUCGCCCUCGGAGGCUUUGGCUUCGCGCUCCGGGACUGGCGCUGGUUUGUCUUCACUGUGUCUCUGCCCAUGCUGGUGUUCCUGCCGGCGCUAUGGUUCAUGGACGAAUCGCCGCGCUGGCUGGUCGUGCGCGGCCGCCAUGAGGCCGCCCUCCGCGCGCUCCGGAGGGCCUCGCGCUGGAAUGGGACGAAGCUGCUCCCGGAGAAGGACCUCCUCGCCCUCAUCCAGGAUGUGCAGAAGGAGGCAGAUGGAGACCAGAAGAAUAACAAGGCUUCCACUCCAGGGUUCCUUGGGUUCCUGCUGCUCGUAGUGGAGGAAGUUACUGCUCUGAUCAGGACAAGGAAGAUGCGCGCCAUAACGCUCUCGCUGUACUCCAAUUUCCUCGUGCUUGGUAUGGUGUACUUCGGGCUCUCUCUAGGCGGCGAAAUUUUGGGGUGGACCCUUCUUUACAUGGUGCUGACGGGUCUGGGGAUCCCCGACAAAAUCCCCAUACCCCUCUUUUAA